UUUGGCACUUUUCGCGACACAUUUUCAUACAUUCUGACAGAGCCUUUGCGAGUAUGUGAAACCUUGUUUGUGUGUCCCAAAAUUUGCUCGCUUCCCUCAGCCAACCAGUCAGUGUUUGUUAAGGUAGUGGUAUUUAUAACACCCGAGCGGCAGAAGGUUACUAGUACCGCUCAUACAGUUAGUUCACUUCCUGCAGACGUUCCAGCAGCAAUAAUAAGCAUUGUGUGUUGAUUGAAUUAAACUCAAUUUAUUCAACCAGUUCCACAUAUCCAUAAAAAGGAGUUCUCGCAUUCUGUGAUAGAAAAAAAUUUGCUGUCGGAUUUGGAAGUAAAUUUGCGAGUAGCAGGAGGAAAAGAUGAGUUCACUGGCGCUUCGAUUUGCUCCCCGUCUCGGGAAGUCUGCUGCUACCGUGGCCAGCUCCCAGGCAAAUAGCUACUAUACCUACUCCAACCAAAUAUCUCAACCGCUGGAACGGAAGCCAACUUACACUACGGCCGAGGAGGCGGUCAAAGUCAUCAAGUCAGGACAAACUGUUUUCGCCUCGGGUGCUGCCGCCACCCCGAUUCAUGUGCUGAACGCUAUGACCAACCAUGGCAAGGAAAAUAACCUGCGUGACAUCACCGUGGUGCACAUGCAUACCGAAGGUCCGGCAUCGUACUGCGCUCCCGAUUGCAAGGAUAUUUUUCGCUCCAAGUCCACCUUCAUGGGCGGUAACGUGCGAGCGGCCGUUGCUGAAGGCCGUGGUGAUGCCAUUCCGAUCUUUUUGCAUGAAAUCCCAAUCCUGUUCCGGCGCAAGCUGAUCCAACCGGACGUCGCAAUUGUUUCGGUUUCACCUCCCGAUGAGCAUGGAUAUGCAACCCUGGGAACUAGCGUUGAUUGUGUCCGCGCGGCACUGGAAAACUCGAAGGUCAUCAUCGCUCAGGUCAACAAACAAAUGCCCCGAACCUUCGGAGAUUCGAUAAUCCACGAAUCUCACUUUGAUUUCGCAGUCAAUGUGGACAUUCCCCUGCCGGAACACGGUGGUAAAGGGUCAACCGAGGUCGAAACUAAGAUUGGAAAUUUGAUUGCGGAAAAUCUGGUCGAGGACGGUGCCACGCUGCAGAUGGGCAUCGGUAACAUUCCGGACGCGGUUCUGAAUGCUCUGCACAACCACAAAGAUCUCGGCAUUCACUCGGAGAUGUUUGCCGGUGGCGUUGUGGAUCUAGUCAAAAAGGGCUGCGUCACAAACGAUAAGAAAACGUACCACCGAGGUCGCAUCGUCGGUUCAUUCCUGAUCGGUCCCAAGAAGCUGUACGAUUUCGUCAAUAACAAUCCAUUCAUUGAAAUGCUGGAAAUCAACUACGUUAACAACGUAGGCAUUAUCGCCCGUAAUCCAAAGAUGACGGCCAUCAACUCUGCAAUCGAGGUUGAUAUAACCGGUCAGGUGUGUGCCGACUCGAUUGGCACACGAAUGUACUCCGGAUUUGGAGGUCAGGUUGAUUUCAUCCGCGGUGCUGCCGAGGGUUUCGAUGGUAAGGGUAAACCCAUAAUUGCACUACCCUCGGUUACCAACAAGGGACAAAGCAAGAUUGUGCCAAUGCUCAAGCCAGGCGCUGGUGUUGUAACCUCCCGAGCUCACGCACACUACAUCGUCACCGAACACGGUAUCGCUAAUAUGUUCGGCAAAACACUGCGUCAGCGAGCCUAUGAGCUGAUUCAAAUUUCCCAUCCGGACCACCGUGAGGCUUUGGAGAAGGCUGCAUUUGAACGGCUGAAGACGAUGCCGACGCCCAAUUAAGAAAUAACUAGACAGCGCUCUGUUCUGUCCGGGCAGUACAUUUAACUGAAAAGUUUCUUAUAUAGGUUAUUUUUCGUUUUUCAAAAGUUAAUUGUUAGCUAUUUUAUUCGUUUUAGUGGAAUAUUUUUGAAGCACCAUUUAGUCCGUUAGGAUGGCAUCUUAUCAAACAGUUCUGACGGAAGACAGACAAUUUAGUAAAACAAACAAGCCUACGAUUUCAAUCGCUUUUACAUUGAAUUGCAAUUAUCAGAAGCUUCUCAAUUGAACGUUAGUCGCGUUAUACUAGGCGAUUGACCGCUUACUUCGAAAGUACGGAUCAGUUCGCAAUCUAGAAUUCAGAUCAUAAACUAAUCAGAUAAACGCCACAGUAGUUGUUCGAUGCGUACUAAGAAGUAUCUUCAUAAUAUAAACAGCAAAUUAAGAGAAUUGUGAACCAUCUAUCUCCAAAAUGUGCAUUGCGUAUUUUUAUAAGCUCAUAAUUAGAUGCUAAUCGUAAGUUCAACAGUGUAUGAAAGGUCUUUAAUACAGAAUACAAAAAAACUA